GAGAGAGAGAGAGAGAGAGACCUGAAGCUCAAAGUGAACAACAGACCUGAGAUCAGCGGCAUUCCGCUGCCUGCUGAGAGAGAAGCGACUGGGAGCUCUUUCCAGUGAGAGCACGACAGGGCCUUCGUGUGCAAUUCCAGGUUUUUCAUAAACACCCAAGAAGCAUCAUGGAGUUCUUCAAGGACUGCUGCAAGAAUUUCUCUCAGAGGAACAAGCAGGAACCGGAGACCCAAGUGAUCAAAAUAAAGGCGCCUCCCAAGGAGAUAAUGGUGACAGGAGAGCUGCUGGAUGAGAAGAGUAGGAUCGAGAAAGCGGAAGAUUACCUCAUUUCCAAGCAGCCUCCGGGCGGCAGAGAGGUCCCGUUUGUCGUGCCCACCUUCAAGCCCACUUACGUUCAACCCCAGAGCCGCCAGUUCUCUGCUCUGCAGCCUGGGCUGCACAGCCCAGCCAGGUCCACGUAUGCGGGGAGGAAAGCGGAACUGCUGGGCGCCAGUUUCUUCCCGUACAACUCGGAGUCCAUCUUCCAUCAGGGCAGCAUGCCGGCGUACAUCUCCCCCGGCCCCGCCCGGCGAGACGCGCUGAAGAGCAGCCCUCAAAGCCCAGGUCGGACUCUGAAGCCAGGCGUCCAGCGGCGCCUGAGCAGCUCCAUGCUUGACCUGUCCAGCCCUCAGAGCCACAUCCAGCGAAUUGACUCCACCUCCAGCACCGUCAGCAGCGCCUCCUCCAUGAUGAGCUCCAUGGAAGGCAGCCUGGAAUCCAUCGCUUUGUCGGGGGACGAGCAGGACCUGGGGAAGGUCUGUGUGCGGAUACGAUACCAGCAGGACGUGGAGCAGGUGUGGAUCACCCUGGUUCAGUGUUUGGACCUCGUCGUCUUCAAUCCAGAUGAAGAGCAGGAGGUUGGCUUCAAAGCAAUCCUCACCGUCCCCAAACCCAUCCAAUUCAAGACCACAGUCAAAGAGUAUGACCAGAAUGUCGUCUUCAUGGAGACUUUUGUGUUCACGCUGCGCCUGCAGCAGCUGCAGUGCAGCGCUUUGGUGCUGCGCCUGCAGACGCACAUCCCCAGGAAACGCACGACGGCCGAGUGUGUCCUCUCCCUGCGCCAGCUCGGUUCCCAGGAGUCGGAGCACUGGCUUCACCUCAGACAGCCCUCCAAAUCCACGGCGUUUCACUCCGAGCUACACCUCAGCACCCUCUUUCAGCCAGUCAGCGGACGCAUCCAGGUCAAGAUCCUCGCAGCCCAAAACUUCCCACCGUCUUCCUCUCCCCUCUCCCAGGUGUUUUUCGUCAAAGCCGAGAUGCACCAGUUAGGCCAGCUGGAAAUUAAGAAGAAGACCCGAGCGCUGAAGGCGUCCGGCGGUGAGUGUCGCUGGGAGGAGACGUUUCACUUCCUGUUGGCGUCGCUGGAGCACCCCUGCUCGCUGUCGCUGAGGCUCUACAGCCGCAGCUCCGUCAGGAGGAAACAGUGUCUUGGACAGGUUCAGCUGGGCUUCGACAGUCCUCUGCCAGACGCCGUGGAGCAGUGGAAGGACAUGAUGGCUCACCCAGAGAAAGUGGUGACAGCCUGGCAUCGGCUGAGUCCUCCCUAAACCCGCCGUCCCCCUCCGGCUGUGAGAGUUUCACUUUUAAAAACGGCAGACGCCCAGCUCCUGUGGUUGGUUGCUCCUCCGGUCCACCGCCGCCGUACCCUGAGCCGUCUGCUUACAGCCCAGACUCCACGCCGCAGGGUGACGAUCCUGGAAGAGAGUCGAGAUGUUCGGCGAAAUUCUGUAGAUAGAGGAUUCGCACAAAGUUUUAGAAGAUGGGGAAGAGGGGGGGGCGAAGGAGAGACAUUUCUGGAAAAAGGAAGCUAUCUUUUUUUUCUUUGUAGGUCAGCUCACUGCUUCUGGUGAAAACUUUGCUGCGGUUCACUUAGAUCUGUGUUUACAAAAGUCUUCAAUUUCUAUUAGUUGGCUGCUGAAGAUCUGCAUUUUUUUACUGCUCAGUGAAGUUUGAAGUAUUUAGAACAAUUUUUACUUGUUGGUCUUUUUUUGUUUUUGAGAGAGAGCCAAGCUAAUCAAAGCUCAGAGCCUGAAAGAAACGAAGAGGAAAUAUACGGAAGCCUGAACAACCCAAGUUUUAAAAGUCAGAAAGAUGUGCACUUUAAUUCGCAAGGCACUUUUGACAUUUGGGGCAGUGGCAUUUGCAGUGCCUUGAGAAAGUUUUCACACCACCUGCCCAUAUUUUGUCACUACAUAACUAUCUUCAGUGUAUUUUGAUGAGCUACUAUUGGAUAUGUUGUCAUUUUUUAGGUGAACCUAAUAAAUGUUUCCUCGCAGCUUUGCUGUCCAUGAGGUAAGCAUCCCCACAGCAUCAUGCUGCCACCACCAUGUUUCACCAUGGGGAUGCUUUUUGAAUCUAGGUUGAUUUGCAAGGGAUUUUUAUGAAGGAAAGUGGGCUUAGUGCACAUUUCAGAUGUAAUCAUGCAUCUCAUUGUGUUGCUCCGUCACGUAAAGUCCUAAUAAAAUACGUUGUUGUGAUGUGACAGAAUGUAAAGUGUGUGAAAACUUUCACGUGGCAGUGUAGAUUUUUGUUUUUCUUGCCUGUCAGUGAAAGCUUAGAGUCCAUUCUCGGUUGUUGAGACGACGGCUACCAUCUCUGAAGCUGAUGUCGUGUGUUUUUUUGUUGUUUUGUCCUUAUAAGGCACUUUAUCUUCUUGUAUUUAUCGUAGUUAUUUUUAAAAUGUAGGGAUUUGUUCAGAAAUGUGAAGUGUAAUCACUGAACCAGUUCACUUGGUUGAUUAAAAAUGUGAUGUGAAGAAAUGCAAAACAACCUCAAGUCUCUUUAAGAUUUUUACAACCGUGGCAAACUUGAGAAUCUGUAACUUACGAAGGGCUUCAGAAAACGUUUGUCUUGCACAACUCUGGUUUGUCAGCUGAAACAGGAAUGUUCCCUGUUCAGUCCAAUAAAGCUUUUGGACUGAC